CACCACCUUACGCCCCAGGGUCGCGUUCAGUAGCAACUUUUUCUCUAUUCGAGGCACUGCGACUAUAGGCGAUAUAAUAUGGCUGCAUAACGCAUAAGUACGGUCGACACCAAAAAAUCAGACUUCACCUCCAUCGCUGUCACGGUUCAAAAAAGGGCGAAAUAGCUCAAUAUAUGCGCUCGCCUUCUUCGCCUGCAUUCCUUUAUCUGCUGAUUCGAUAUUUUCUAUCAUGUCUCUCGAUAGCGCUAAACUGGGAGACUCUUCUCUUCACCAGGAUACUCAGAAAGCUCCCGCCUUUUCUCUACCUGCUUGUCCACCUCCCCGCUGGUCAGACUUCUAUCAGAUACCUAUCGAGAACGAUAUCAUAGAUGGCACGGACUGGAUCGAUUUCUUAUGGGAAGUCCUACACCGCGCAACUCCUCCCACGUAUCGUGCUUCCAAGUCCUUUGCUUUCACGUUUAGGAGAUUAGGCGAGCAUGUCACCGAUUUUCAUAUAUCCAAAUUGUCCCUCAUCUGGUUCUUGACCAAUUCGAUCCGAACAAAAACACUUCAUGCCAUCUACGACAUCCUCGAACACUGGGGAUACCUUGAAAGUGCUUGUCCUGGGCUUAUCGACGACAUUCUUCAAGAAAUCAAAGUCAACGCUUCGGAUACAAUGACAUUCAGUGUCGACCUUCGCCAUCGAUGCCAAACUGCUGGGCUGGAAUUAGAUCACAAGAUGCGGAUGUUGCAAGCGAUAGUUAACAGGCAACACAGAGAUUUUAACCCUAAGAACCUCCUUAAAACUAUCGCGUAUCUAAUCUGCGGAGCGCUUGCCAUAUUUGCCUUGGUCCUUGUUCCACUUUUGCCCUGGGUUUCCUCCGAGUCUCCAAUCGAUACCUGGUUACCCUACAUUGGACUAAUCGGCUUGCACAUGAUUCCAACCGCAUCACGUGCAUAUUCGCCAGCACUCGAUAUUGCCUACAGGAUCGACGACUUGAAUACCAAGACAUUCCAGCUGAUUUGGGCUGUGAGAGACGUGGCAGGAUUGCUGACCCUCAUAUCCGAAUCCGAAAGUUCACCGUUGUCCGAUGUGUUGCACGCAGAGCGGUUCCUAAAGGCUUUCCAGACGUCGGUAUGCUAUGUUCCUCUCAUUUCUUUCUGUCGUUCAUUCGAGUGACUACCUUGUCAAGUUUCUGGGAGGACGUCAAGAGUUAUCAGAUCUCCGCUCGUGGCUACAACAGUUACCUAGCUGGACUGACAAAAAUUUCAACGCACAUCAUUGGACCGACCGCCACGUUGCCUCCUCUCGUGAUAACAAUUUGCUCCCCACCCACUAUAUCGUUUACCGGGUACCGUCGACUCACACCCG